AUGGCGACCACCAAUGGCACCGAUCACCCAGAGGGAAUAUCCUCGCUGCUUGACACAGAUCUGUACAAGCUGACGAUGCAAUGCGCCGUCCUCAAGUACUUUCCAGAUGUGGACGUCGAGUAUACCUUCACCAAUCGUACCCCUCAUAUGCGCCUCACCAAGGAGGCUUUCAAGUGGCUACGCGCGCAGAUCGACAAGCUCGAGAAUAUCUUCGUCACAGCCUCCGAAAUUGGCUGGUUGAAGCGAACAUGUCCAUAUCUCAGUAAUGAGUAUCUAGAAUACUUGAAAACCUUCACGCUGAAGCCAAAAGAGCAAGUCACAAUCACAUUCACACCAUCUACUGUGGGGGACGCGGACGACUCUACGCCUGGUGACUUGCAUUUAAAGGUGCAUGGAGGGUGGAAGGAGACGAUCCUAUACGAGAUCCCAGUACUCGCGCUCACUUCAGAAGCAUAUUUCAAGUUUGUGGACAGAGAUUGGAACUAUGAUGGUCAGCUAGAGAAGGCGAAGCAGAAAGGCGAGAGGCUGCUCGAAGCAGGGUGCGUCUUCAGCGAAUUCGGAAGCAGGAGAAGGAGGGACUACAAAACCCACGAUACAAUAAUUCAGGGCUUGAUCGCAGCGCGAGAGGAGGCAGAGAACAACGGCAAGGGUUGGAAGGGCAAGUUUAGUGGGACCUCCAACGUUCACUUAGCGAUGCGCUAUGGUUUGAAUCCGAUCGGCACGGUCGCACAUGAAUGGUUCAUGGGAAUUGCUGCUGUUACCCAAGACUAUGCGAAUGCCAACGAAAAAGGUCUGCAAUACUGGAUCGGUACCUUUGGCCGCGGCGUGCUAGGUAUUGCUCUUACAGAUACCUUUGGCACGCCGAAUUUCCUUCGCGCCUUCGCUCGUCCGGCACCUACGAGUGGCUACACGUCAGAUGCGCAGCGCGGCAAUGCCACAUAUGCUGAAAUCUUCACCGGCGUUCGACAAGACUCAGGGGAUCCAGUCGAGUUCGUGCAAUUGAUGAAGACAUUCUACAGCAAGCAAGGCAUCAAAGGCCCCAAGACCAUCGUAUUUUCCGACAGCUUGAACAUCGAUCGCUGCGUCCAAUAUAAGGCGGCGACUGAAGAGGCUGGCAUGACGCCAAGCUUCGGCGUUGGUACAUUCUUCACCAACGAUUUUCAGCGCCUCAAGACCGACGAGAAGAGUGUCCCUCUGAACAUCGUCAUCAAGAUCAGCAAAGCCGAUGGCAAGUACGCGAUCAAGCUCAGCGACGAUAAGGGCAAGAACAUAGGCAACGACGAGCUGAUGCGGUAUGUCAAGGAGCAAGUCGGAUACGAGGAGAAGAGCUGGUCCGGUGGCGACGAAGCUCACAGAUGGGAUGCAAAAAAGGAAGGCCAUGCUUAA